UUCCAUCGAUUUUGACCAAACCCUUCCACCAAGCAAGAAGCAAUUGCAAGACAUCUCGUAUCUUCACGAACAAACCCGCUUGGAGUGCACGCCCACACCGAGGUGCAAGCAUUGUCCGCGCAAGCCCAUCCGAGCAUCAACUCGACACCCGCUCUCACUCCCCGCCCAACGGUCGGACGUGGCACUCCGACGAAACCCAUCCACCGAGCACAAAGCAAUCGCAAGACAUCUCGUAUCUUCACGAACAAGCCCGCUUGGAGUGCACGCCCACAUCGAGGUGCAAGCAUUGUCCGCGCAAGCCCCAUCCGAGCAUCAACUCGACACCCGCUCUCACUCCCUGCCCGACGGACAAGCCCAUCGUUAUGGCCAAACCCCUCCGCCAAGCACGAAGCAAUCGCCAAGACAAGCACACUUGGAGUGCACGCCCACACCGAGGUGCAAGCAUUGUCCAAGCACGCCCAUCCCGCUCUCACUCCUUGCCCGACGGUCGGAUGUGGCACUCCGGCCGAACCCUUCGUCCACCAAGCACAAAGCAAUCGCAAGUUAUCUCGUCUCCUCACGAACAAGCCCGCUUGGAGUGCACGCCCACACCGAGGUGCAAGCAUUGUCCGCGCAAGCCCAUCCGAGCAUCAACUCGACACCCGCUCUCACUCCCUGCCCGACGGACAAGCCCAUCGUUAUGGCCAAACCCCUCCGCCAAGCACGAAGCAAUCGCCAAGACAAGCACACUUGGAGUGCACGCCCACACCGAGGUGCAAGCAUUGUCCAAGCACGCCCAUCCCGCUCUCACUCCUUGCCCGACGGUCGGAUGUGGCACUCCGGCCGAACCCUUCGUCCACCAAGCACAAAGCAAUCGCAAGUUAUCUCGUCUCCUCACGAACAAGCCCGCUUGGAGUGCACGCCCACACCGAGGUGCAAGCAUUGUCCGCGCAAGCCCAUCCGAGCAUCAACUCGACACCCGCUCUCACUCCCUGCCCGACGGACAAGCCCAUCGUUAUGGCCAAACCCCUCCGCCAAGCACGAAGCAAUCGCCAAGACAAGCACACUUGGAGUGCACGCCCACACCGAGGUGCAAGCAUUGUCCAAGCACGCCCAUCCCGCUCUCACUCCUUGCCCGACGGUCGGAUGUGGCACUCCGGCCGAACCCUUCGUCCACCAAGCACAAAGCAAUCGCAAGUUAUCUCGUCUCCUCACGAACAAGCCCGCUUGGAGUGCACGCCCACACCGAGGUGCAAGCAUUGUCCGCGCAAAGCCCAUCCGAGCAUCAACUCGACACCCACUCUCACUCGCCGCCGGCGGCCGGAGGUGGCACUCCGCCGGCGCCGACCCCCAAGCAUAUGUGCCCAUGAUGGGCGCAAUGUGCUUGAAGGGUCGGCGCCGCGGCAUAGGGGUACCCCCGCGCCCCGCCCAUGCAGGCAGGUCGCCCCCCUAUAUAGUACAUUCUGGCUUUUUUGGGUCUGGCAGGCUUGCAUAUGAAAAAGCCGAAAUGUCACACCAUGCCAUAACUUUUGAUUGUGUUAUUAUUAUG